UGAAGCAAGUGUCAACUUAUAGAAUUUGACGUUUAUCUGCGACUGAUUGAAUUUGUGAUUUUGAUUCUUUUCUUUCCCUUGAUGGGAAUCGAAUACUUAUAUUUAUAAAAAGCACUGUAUUAUUGGCCUGAAAAUGGCAGCUGCUGCUCUAACAGGUCAUUUCGUCACGAAAAUCAAGCCUGGUACUGGAUCUCUGGGCGUUGUUUACAUCAAGUCGGCCGCAUACAGCUCGGAUGGCAGUAAGCCGAAUGUGGCCGCUUACAAGAGAGGUACUGGCGGCCGUGCCAGCUUCAAUGGGAUUGUAGCAACUGUGUUUGGUUGCACUGGAUUUGUGGGGCGUUAUGUGAUCAACAAGCUGGGCAAGUGUGGAACACAGCUGAUCCUGCCCUACAGGGGUGAUUACUAUGAUGCUCAGAGAUUGAAGGUAGCCGGGGACUUGGGACAGGUUCUCUUCACUCCAUUUGACCUCCGCGAUGAGGAGUCCAUUGCUAAGGCAGUGCAGUACUCCAAUGUUGUCAUCAACUUAGUGGGACGGGACUAUGAAACUAAGAACUUCAAGUACAAGGAUGUUCAUGUGGAUGGCCCUAGACGUCUUGCAAGAAUUUCCCGAGAGAUGGGAGUAGACCGAUUCAUCCAUGUAUCUUACUUGAAUGCAUCCCCUAACCCUAAACCGCUGGUGCUGAUGAAACCAUCCAAGUACAAGAUCAGCAAGUACUGGGGAGAGUGUGCCGUACGAGAAGAGUUCCCGACAGCAACCAUAAUACGUGCCUCAGACAUCUACGGUUCUGAAGAUAGGUUCUUGAGAUCUUUUGCCUCGGUUGCGCGCAUUAAUGGAGAAUAUUUGCCUUUGUACAAGAAUGGUCAGGAAACUAUCAAGCAGCCUGUGUUUGUGUCUGAUGUGGCACAAGGAAUUGUGAAUGCUAUCCGUGAUCCAGAUACUAAAUGCCAAGUAUACCAGGCUGUUGGACCUAAAAGAUACCUGCUGGCAGAUUUGGUCGACUGGUUCUACGGCCUGAUGCGCAAAGACGAAAACUGGGGUUACAAACGCUACGACAUGAAAUAUGAUCCUAUUUUCUUCCCUUUGAAGGUUCUGUUUGUCAAUCUGAUUUCACCUGCCUACCCAUUGGGCGGUUUGCACUGGGAGGGACUCGAGAAGGAAGCUACAUCUGACGUAGUCGACGAAAGCCUCCCAACACUGGAAGACCUUGGCGUAUGUUUGACGAGCAUGGAAGAGCAGGUGCCUUGGGAACUGAGGCCAUUCCGUGCUCACCAGUACUACAUGGCUAAGCUAGGAGAGUUCCCAACACCACCAAACCCUAAAGUUCAAUCCUAAUUAUUGACUUAAUAAAAUCAUGUAAAAUUAUAAUUAUUACCAACUGUGAAUUUUACCUAGGGAACUGUGUAGAAUAUUUUGAAUAAAUUAUUUUCUGUUUC